GUGAGUGGGCUGCAGGUCCACCUCGUUCUCCGUCAUCCGGCUGGCUGAGGCUCCAGAGGCGACUGGCGGACUGACUGCGGAAAGAUGCGUCGAUGCGCCCCGCAGAGCCGCGGCGGAUGAUGCGCUGCGCAGGAACCGGAGGAUCGGGUCCUGGGUGUGUGGUUACCCCGCUCUCUGACGGAUCGGACUGGACCGGACCGGACGCAGAUUUCACUGAUUCUGUGGCGUCAGUGGCGCAGGCCGUCUGGAAAUGAUGCGAUCAGUUCAGGAUGCUCCAGCAGCUUCCCUGUAAACAAUAAGAUGUGGAAGGACCUGGAAUAAAAUCCCGAACAUCUGAUUAGCCUCGUUGGUUUGACGGCCCGAUCGGCCCUGAGAGACGCGAGUCCAGCUGACAGAGAGGUCAGGCGACGGCGUCACGGCGCAUCGGAGUGGAAGAGAACAAAAUCCUCAUUACCUUCGCUCUCAGCUGCAGAGACAGCAGGACAUGUGACCUGCUUGUUCCUCUGCUUUUACUCAGAGACUGGAGCUUUUCCACCAUCAGAGGGAACUGCUAAGAUUUUAGGUUAUAAAGAUCAGCUCAUUGUUUAGUCUGCCAGCGUUUCUUCUCACAAAUGAGAAUUCAGAUCAACCUGAUAAUCACUGCACUGAGUCAAACAAUCCAGAUUAAUUGACAGACUCGUUCCCCUCCUCGCCUGUGGGGGCGCUGCACCAAGAAUGACUGACAGAAACGACACAAAAAACUUCUGAAGAGGAGCUUAUUUCUUCACAAAGUGGUUGAAACAAACAAGAGUCCCCAGAAUGCCCUGCUCUGUUUUCCACUUCCUGGUUUUGGAGCGGCCUUCGGUCCGCUUGGUGUUCACAUAUUCAGACACGUCCAACCAAACCGGGGAGGUGUUUCGGUCCUUCCUCAGACAAACGAACUGAUUAAAACGAACUGAACAGGCUGGAGCGAGGAAACAACCAUAAAACUUAGAUGAGGCCAACAACAGGCGCCAUGCUUCAGCAGAACAACAACAACAACUACCCCUGCCUGGGCAUGUCGGACUGCCCCCGGGAGAUGAUCCAGAGGUGCUCCAGAACCUCGCUGGCCUUCCCCAGCCGAGUCGAGUUGGGCCUGGGAGACCUGCCGCUGAUCCGCGGCCUCCGAGCCUGGGCGCUGUGCUCCAGGAACCGCCGCAAAGCCGGCGGUCUGCUCGGUGGAGGGAAACCCCCGGCUGCCCCGCCGCCGGGAGGUAAAGGGACGUCAACGUCCUGCCCGAGGCCUGCCGACGUGUAUCCGAGCGGGUACGGUUUGCCGCUGGGCGUCAACGCCCGGCAGGCCGGGAUUGGCGCAUUGGUAACCGUCGCCACGUUGAAGACGUCGGAAGGUGGCGGAAAAACGCAAACGCAAUGCCUUUUCCUCCAGACAGACAGGGGGAGCCGCUUAUACUCAACCGCCAAGCCCGGUUCGACGUCCAGCACGGUCGGAGAGUGGCUGAGAGGAAAGCGAGAAGGAUUAGGAGGAAGUGCGGAGCCGCCGCCGACUGAGGCCGCUGCGAACCGGGUCAGGGUGCGGUCCGGCCGGAGGUGGAGGAAGUCCGGCAUCGGCCAGGAAAGGAGCUGCAAAACGGCUGAAGGAAAGCAGGCGGAGCCAUUCGAUGUUCGACCCGAAACCCGCACUCAAAACAUCAGCCGGGACGAUCGAGAGGAACACGAAGGUCCGACAAGAAGAACGGAGACUGAGCUGGACCUGGACGGGAAGGAAGCCGAGGAGAUGGACUCCAAAAACAACUCGGCUGCUGAUGGAGCGAAAGAACCCGGAAGACUUCAGGAGAGGCAAAAUUCACCCAUUCCUCACUGUAGAACCAAACAGAACGAAGCAGAACCACAGAAGGAAAUGGAGAUUAAUUCUGUAGAGUCCUCCAAUCCUUUAGGGGGCGCUGGACCAAAUGCAGAAGAAGAAAUACAGUUAGAUGGUGUGGUGUCCUCCAAUCCUGUUGGGAGCGCUGAAGAAGAAACGGAGCAGGAAGUACAGUUGAAUUCUGUAUCGUCCUCCAUUCCUGUAGGGGGCGCUGAUCAGGACAAAAUCCAGGUUUAUUCAAACCGAAACCAACGUGAAGUUGAACAUGAAGAGGAAACCAGAGAACCAAAUGUUUUCCAAAUAGGUGAGGAAAACGACAGUUUUCAGGAGGACGAAGAGUUUUUCUAUUCACCUGUCAGACAGAAAAAUCUCUCACUUUCUGAGAAAUCAGAGAAACUGAAGGAUGAGAGCAUUUGCGGGAAGCUGGAGGAUGAAGAGGAAAACACAUCAACCUUGGUUUUUAAUGCCUCCUCUAAUCCUGCCCCUUCUCUGGCUCCCAUGGCCACCGGUGGGGAGGAAGAGGAGCAGGAGGAGAAAGGCGGCCAAAACCGGAGAAGGAGUCCAAGUGGAGAGCUGGAGGAGAGAGCAGAGGAGGUGAGGGUCUCCUCCACUGAGGAGGAAGAGGAGGAUGAGUUCGGGGUCUUCAUGCAGGCGGAGGGCGACCCGGCCUGGAGCGACGGGGUCAACAUGUCCGCCUCGGAAACCUCUGGGAGCAGAGCGAGGAUUGCAGGUGGCGACACCUGGACGGCCUUCCCUCUGGAGCCGACAGGUGGGAACGGAGACGGCGAGGAGCGAUGGUGGCCGGCCAACGCCGUGGAGGCGAGGAGAGAUGGACCGCCAACCAAUCACAGCCUGGUGGCAGUCUUUGCUGAAGCCUUCCCUGCGCUGCCCAGCGAUUCCCCUGGCGACCCCUGUGACCUGGGAGCCGUUCCCACGCUGACGCAGCUCCUCCGCAGCCGAGCCAGACAGGAUCAAGGGCUUUUGGACUCUUUCCAUGAUCUGAAUAAAAUGAUCGACCAGAGCCACAAGAGAUCCAGCAGCGCGUCUCAGAACCUACUGGUCCAAACUCUGCAGCUGCAGCCGCCGCUUCCUGAAAGCAGAUCUACUUCCUGGACGACGAACCGCCGCCUGUCCCCCGGCGUCUCCUCGGCCAAUCAGCACGCAGCCGCCAAGCGCCGGCUGUCCUACGACUACAACAGGAACGUCGUGGCGUGACGUUUCAGCGUGACGCUGCGGCGUGAUGCUGCAGCGCGUUUAAGGAUCAUGUUUCCCGUUUGCACUCCAGUUAAUUUACGCCCAGAGCACUGAGCGACGCGCUCCGGACAACGGAGCGGCUGGGUCGGAGCCUUUUUAUUUCCCUCCAUCCGCCAUCUUGUUCCUCAUCCUGAGGUGACCUGUUGACCCCAGCAGGCCCACGGGGCUCGCCACCAUGCUGACAAAACAGACGACCGGGAAUUUGAACAAAAUUACAAUAAAGCAGAUGGGAUUUUCUCCAUUAUGGAUCUAAAUUAUCGUUAAAAAAACAUCUUUAUGGAAGAUGUUGCUACUUUUUAAAAUGUUUUACUGUUUUAUCACAAACUGCAACAUCAGUGGGAGAAAAUACAUGAAUUAAUUAAAAAGAUGAAUUAAUAAUUUUUUAAAAAUAAUGAAAAAAAGUCAUGUUUUAUUUUUAUUAGUUAUUUUUAAUUUAAUUAAAAAAAAAUUAUACAUAUGUACAUUUUUCUUUUUCAUAAAUUGAAUUAAAAAUAAAAUAAAUAAAUGUAUAUUUUAUUUUGUGAUUUUAUGCAUACAGAUAACUUUUUUUAUUUGACUUUUUUGUAUUUUCUCCCAGUGGAAAUAAAUAAAUUGUAACGUCUAUCAUUAGACAAUUAACAAAAUCAGAUCUGAUGUUUUGGUUAUAACUCAAAUAGUUUUCAAACAAUUCCCUCCAGAUUAAAUGUUUUUUCUUCCCAAUUUAAAAUCAUUAAUAUUAAAUCGGUUCCUGUAAUAACAUGGUGGCUGGAUCCUUUGUGGAAGCUGGUAAAACUUAUGCAAAUGCACUGAUUGACAACUUUCCCCCGUUCUCAUUGUUCCUUAAACGCAGCAGGAACUGCUGAUCUCCAUCUUCUGGAUUCCUCACAGUUGAAAAAAUGCUGCACUUUCUCCAGCUGCGUUUCCAUUGAUGACAUAAUUGUGCACUUUUGAAACUAAAUUAGCUUAAUCAGAUAAUUAGUUUAGUGGGAAGGAAGGCGAAAAAAACUCGGAUUUGUGUUUGGAUCCAAUAGUCACGAGAUCCACAACCGCAUGUUGCCACUGGAGAAACCACGAAGACGAAAGCAGGAAGUGGUAGGAGAAUAAUAGUGCGGCAUGUUUUUUUUUUUUUAAUAAGUUGUCACGCAGACAGAGAGUUUUGUGGGAUUUUUAUUUUUUUUCUAAAAUUGCGGGGUUUUUUCGACAUUAUCAAAAUGUUAAUGAAGUUUUGGGCAUGUUUGUAAUGGAAACGCAGCUACUGAAGAGUGGAGCUGAGCGUCAUUUUGUGGCAUUUAAUGUAUGAAAACACUUUUUAAAGCCUCGUUUUACUGUUUAUUAUUUUCAAAUGCAUGUGAUAUUCCUGCCUUUAAUCUCCAGAUAACGACACAAGGUUGAAGGUUUGUCUUCCAGUUUGCGCCAAACGCUAAAAACACCCAUCCUCUUUAUGACUGCACCGUUUUAAGUUUUGUCAUGCAGAUAAUUUGUCAUAUUCUGUUAUUUGAAGGCUCAAUCAUUUGUGAUGAAAGUCCCAAACAAUCACGCUUGUGUGCCAUUUGUACAGCCGUUAAAAUCCUGAAAAAUAUGAAUAUUUUCUGAUCUGUUCCAGUCGGGAUGGCGGAGCUGUCGGCUCGGUAACUGAUGUAAUAAAAAAAAAAGGAUACUGCA